AUGUCUCUCAAUGGGUUAGAUGAUCCCACUGUCAUCGAGGCCUACCAGUCUGCUCUUGCUGAAGCUGGUGGAUGGUUUUUGCUCAAAUAUGUCAGCCGUGAUACCGUCGCGCUCCUGGCCCGUGGAACGGGGGGAGUCACGGAGAUCAAAAUCACAAUCGAUGGUCAUGAGGAGACGUCCCCUCUUUACGGCUUUCUACAGUAUCGUCGGAGGAAAGUAAUAUUAAAAUAUGUCCCCGAGGGUAUUUCAAGGUUGAUCCAAGCUCGAAUCACUGUCCAAUUCCAGUCUAUAUUGGACAAGUUUUCCCCAAAUGACACUGUGUUCACCCUUGCCAUUUCGUCGGAGUUGACAGAGAGCGCACUCUCCUCCGCCUGUCUGCUCCACGCUGCUUCCGGUUCAAUGACUUCGUCGUCAAGCUCGCUUCGUCGUCGCAGAUUGGGCGAAAUUGCCGAAGAUGCAGAGGAAUGUGCUAGCCCUCGAGAAGAAUCACAUGUUCACCCCGACAAUGGCCAUGGAAAUCGAAGGGAAAGCGUUUUCAGUGUGACUUCGGAUGCCACCGCUGUACCCAGCCAUCAUCAGAACGUCCAGGAAUCGGUCGAUGCCUCCAGAACCGAUACGCAGCGACCGCGGCAAUCUGACCGCUCGGAAUCUGUAGCCGAAAAGCCUUUGCCCACUGUUCCCCGAAGUCGCACUGAAAGCCAGUCAAGUGGUCAUGCGCAAAGGCAUUUCCUAGACUCCCUUACUCAUUCCCCCCCAGAUUCGCGCAAAUCUUCUCAGUCAACUAGACCGUCGCUGAAAGAUUUAGAUUCAAUAAGCUUGUAUCGCCCAAAGGUUAAGCUAGGGCCCCGGCCGUCAAUGGACCCUAGUGGACGACCACGAACUGCAGGAUCGAUAGGUAGAUCCAAUGAUACACGUCCAGUGGCAUCAUUACCUGCGGGCAGGUUAAUGCGGGCGCUGGAGUUACGAAAAAGGCAGAUGGAGAAAAGAGCUGAAACGAAGCAAGUAGUACAAAAAGUGGAUGUUAAAGGUAGCAAUGACAACAUUGAGAUUGUCCAAAUGCAAGUGACUUCGAAACUAGAACAGACUGAAUCUGCCUGCAUGGAAUUGGAUGCAAAGGCCCAACAACAACCCGCUCCUAGCUCCCAUCAACAGCAACACCAGCCAUCUUUAAUUAUUGCCGAGGAGAAAAAACAGACACCCCCAUCGCCGGAUACGUCGAAUCCAGACUCAGCCGUAGACGUUGGAGCAAUAGAACCCAGAGCCACUGAAUCUGCAUCUCCCUCUGUCUCUGUUACGAGUACCGUUUCGUGUGAGGUAGAGGAAAAUCAUUCCUCCCCUAAGAUCUCCGCUACUGCUCCGGAUUCCUCAAAGGACGCUGACAAGGAUGAGGCUUUAGAGGCGUCGGGAGCUAGCCAGAUAUGA